GGUUUUAGGGUUUGUCGACACUUCGACGGAGAGGGAGCUCCAUACAAUAAGAGGAAAAGAUUCUCGGUCGGUCUAAAGUUGGCGUUGGGAUUUCGCUGACUUUGUUUUCAGAGUACAAACUUCCAGGUUUUGGGGGAAAUGGCGAAUAACCCUCAAUCUUCUGCGGCACAGCCACUUCGACCACCGCCUAUAGUAGGAUCCGCUGGUCCUCCUCAAAAUUUUGCUCCAUCCAUGUCUAUGCAAUUCCGCCCUAUGAUGCCAGCGCAGCAGCAAGGACAGCCUUUUAUGUCUGCUGGUUCGCAACAGUUUCGGCCCGUUGGGCAAGGUGUUCAUAUGUCGAACGUUGGAAUGCAGCAUACUGCGCAAGGUCAGCAGCUUCAGUAUUCUCAACCAACCCAGCAGUUGCCUCCAAGGCCUGGCCAACCUGGUCAUGGUAUGCCACCUUCAUCACAGGCAAUUCCGAUGCCCUUUACCUUUUCAUCUGUGUCACCGCAGCCUCAGCAAAACGUACAGCCUAUGGCUAAUCCUAUGAGCGGUGUAGCUGGUAGCAUUGGAAUCCCUCUUUCCUCGGGUUACACUUUUACUCAAUCAUCUUAUGGCCAGCUACAAAGCAACGUUAAUCCCUCUAACCAGUACCAGCCAAUAUCUCAGAUGCAUGCACCUAACAUACCAACUAGUGCUGGGGGGCAACCUUGGCUCACUUCUGCAGGCCAGAGUGUGCCUCUUGUUACGCCUGUCCAGCAAACUGCUCAACAACAACCUGUGGUAACGGCUGCCUCUGUUCAGGCAACAAAUGCUCAACCAGACUCCAGUCAACAGUCUGCAUCAGAUUGGCAAGAACAUACAUCUGCUGAUGGGAGAAGAUAUUAUUACAACAAGAAAACAAGACAGUCUAGUUGGGAGAAGCCUUUAGAAUUAAUGACACCUAUUGAGAGGGCAGAUGCGUCCACUGUCUGGAAGGAAUUUACAACUCCAGAGGGCAGGAAGUAUUACUACAACAAGGUCACUAAGCAAUCAAAAUGGACAAUACCUGAUGAACUGAGGUCAGCUCGUGAACAGGCUGAAAAGACUGCUAGUCAGGGUCUACAGUCAGACGCUAAUGUGGCUUCUAACUCCUCGUCUUCUGUCGCUGUUACUUCAGCUGAGCCACCAUCUGCUGUGGGAAUUUCAAUUAGCUCUUCCUCCACUGUCGCAACUUCAGGGGUAGCAUCAAGCCCGGUUCCAGUGACACCUAUUGUUUCUUUAAAUCCACUCCCUGUUGUGACUUCUGGAUCACCUGCUAUUUCUGCUAUACCUUCUGGUGCUACAUCAAAUGUAGUUGGGAUUCCCUCUCCUGCGGCAGCUGUCACUCCUUUACAAUCUACCUUUUCAGGGGGUGCUGGGGCUCCUCUUGAUUUGGUCAAUGCGACGACUCCAACAACCAACUUGGAGAAUGUAUCUCAAGGUAUUGCAACUUCGAUGGAUGGUGCUUCUGUUCAGGAUUUGGAGGAGGCCAAAAAGGGCAUGGCGGGUGCUGGUAAGAUCAAUGUUACUCCUAUGGAGGAAAAAACUGUUGAUGAUGAACCAUUGGUUUAUGCUACUAAGCAAGAGGCAAAAAAUGCUUUUAAAGCAGUCUUGGAAUCUGUAAAUGUUGAGUCUGACUGGACUUGGGAACAGACUAUGAGAAUUAUAAUUAAUGAUAAAAGAUAUGGUGCUCUGAAAACCCUUGGGGAGCGAAAGCAAGCUUUUAAUGAGUACCUGGGCCAAAGGAAAAAGCAGGAGGCUGAGGAGAGGCGCAUUAGACAGAAGAAAGCAAGGGAAGAAUUCACAAAAAUGUUGGAAGAGUCAGAAGAGCUCACAUCAUCCACAAGAUGGAGCAAAGUGAUAAGCAUGUUUGAGGAUGAUGAGAGGUUCAAGGCUGUUGAGCGAGCUAGAGACCGUGAGGAUCUUUUUGAAAACUAUUUGGUGGAACUUCAGAAAAAGGAACGAGCUAAAGCUCAGGAGGAGCAAAAGCGGAAUAUAAUGGAGUUCAGGCAAUUUCUGGAAUCUUGUGACUUUAUUAAAGCAAACAGUCAGUGGCGUAAAGUUCAAGAUCGCCUAGAGGAUGAUGAAAGAUGUUCUCGCCUUGAAAAGAUAGAUCGCUUGGAAAUUUUUCAGGAAUACAUACGUGACUUGGAAAAGGAAGAAGAGGAGCAGAAGAAGAUUCAGAAGGAACAACAGAGACGAAUUGAGAGAAAAAACCGUGAUGAAUUCCGUAAGUUGCUGGAAGGACAUGUUGCUGAUGGGAUGCUUACAGCUAAAACUCGUUGGCGUGACUAUUUUAUGAAGGUUAAAGACUUACCUGCAUAUAUAGCAGUGUCAUCAAACGCCUCUGGUUCUACGCCUAAAGAUUUGUUUGAGGAUGUUGUUGAGGAAUUAGAGAAACAGUAUCAUGAAGACAAGACUCGAAUAAAGGAUGGAAUGAAGUUAGGAAAGAUAAAUAUUGCAUCAUCGUGGGCUCUUGAAGACUUUAAGGCUUCUAUUACCGAGGUUGUAGUUUCUCACGCCGUAUCAGAUAUCAACUUGAAGCUUAUAUUUGAGGAAUUAAUUGAAAGGAUCAAGGAGAAGGAGGAGAAAGAAGCCAAAAAGCGUCAACGUUUAGCAGAUGAUUUCACUGACCUGUUACAUUCUAUCAAGGAAAUAACUGCAUCUUCGGAAUGGGAAGAGUCUAAAUCAAUUUUUGAAGAUAGUCAAGAAUAUAGAGCAAUUGGAGAAGAGAACUUCAGGAGGGAGAUCUUUGAGGAGUAUGUGACACGUUUGCAAGAAAAGGCAAAAGAGAGAGAGCGCAAGAGAGAGGAGGAAAAGGCCAAAAAAGAAAAAGAAAGAGAGGAGAAAGAGAAGAGGAAGGAGAAAGAGAGAAAGGAAAAAGAGAGAGAACGUGAAAGGGACAAGGGAAAGGAACGAUCUAAGAAGAAUGAAACAGAAAAUGAAAUCGUCGAUAUAACUGACAAUUAUGUCUCAAAAGAGGAAAAAAAGAGGGAGAAAGACAAAGACAGGAAACACCGGAAGCGACAUCAUAAUACAGCAGAUGAUGUUAGCUCUGAAAAAGAUGAGAAGGAAGAGCCUAAAAAGUCCCGUAGGCAUAGCAGUGAUAGGAAAAAAUCGAGGAAGCAUGCAUACUCUCCGGAAACAGAUAGUGAAAGCAGGCAUAAGAGACAUAAGAGAGAUCACAGGGAUAGUUCCCGUAGAAAUGGUGGUUAUGAGGAACUUGAAGAUGGGGAGCUUGGAGAGGACGGGGAAAUCAGAUCGCGAGGAUACACCAGAAAUGAUGAUUAAAGAUGCAUAGAAGUAUGAGUCUGAAAGGUUGCAGCAGAUAAGGUAAUGUGAUUUUUGCUCAGAAAUUCUCUCUGACCCAAGACCCUGAAGAUGAUUUUAUUUUGCAUUUUAUACAGGCUAUGGGUGAUUAUCUUGGAAAUUUUGCAAUCAAUUUGUUUGUUGAGGGAGAUGAAGGUUGUACAACUGCUUUAAGAAAUGAGCUCAGUAAAAUGCUUAUUGUCAGUCUAUCUAUAAUGACCAUGUGGAAA